AUCUUUUCGCAUAGGCGCUGCGCGCUAACAACCGAGAAUACAUAUGAUGCUGGUGCGGGAUUUCACCAGCCUCUGCCUUCAUUAUGGAGAGUCUGGAUGAAGUGUCCCUCUCCCGCGAGGCCGCGGAAGACAAAAGCCUCGGUCCACUGGACGACCAGUCCUCCAGAGCGGUGUCCUUGAUAGAUACCAGUUCGCCAAACUCCACCUCAGAUCUCCACCUCCCUUACGCCGAUGCCUCGUUUACCUCCGGCUCCAGCACCAAGUUCCCAGAAGAGCAGCCUGACUCGGCCCCUCGAAGCUUUAUCGAUCACGAAGAUGGCCUCCGAUCACCUCGCGCAGCCUCCCCAUUCACCCCAUUACAUUAUGCAUCCCCCGCAGUACCUGCCCUGAGUGAAGAUGGGGUGGAGGCAGGAGAUGAAGAGCCCCAGGUUGCAACAUCCUUCGAGCGGGAUUCUACGCCCACCUCGGCGCAAAAGCAACGCUCGGCCUUCUUCGACACCGGAGGAGAGGAAGGGAUCAAUCGCAUGCACAAGUUCUCCUUGUACGAGACAGCCACCCGAUUCUACAUGGUGGGAAUGGACUUGUCGGAUACCCGCUUUAGGAUCCUCAAGAUCGAUCGAACGUCGGAAUCCGGGGACCUCAGCAUUUCAGAGGAUGAUAUUGUUUACAGCAAGCGGGAGAUGAGCCAGUUGUUGGAUACGAUCGAUGAUGGAAAUAAACGGUCGGGAGGGUUGAAGUUGAAGUGCAGUGCAUGGGCUUUAUUGGGGUUUAUACGAUUUACGGAUGCUUACUACAUGCUUCUGGUGACCAAGAGAAGCCAGGUUGCUAUGCUUGGAGGUCACUAUGUCUAUCAGAUCGAUGGAACGGAGCUCAUCUCGUUAACGACUUCAAGCUCGUCUCGUCUCCGCCCGGAGAAGAACCCGGAGGAGGCGAGGUAUAUUGCCAUCUUAAAUAAUUUGGAUCUAACCCGAUCCUUCUACUUUAGCUAUUCUUACGAUAUCACCCACACUUUGCAGCACAACAUUUGUCGGGAACGCACCGCCAACCAGGACGGACACCCGAAACACCUUCAGCAAGACUACAAUACGAUGUUCAUUUGGAAUCACCAUCUUCUCGGGCCAGCCCUCGAAACGUUGAAAAAUCCUUGGGAAUGGUGUUUACCAAUCAUUCAUGGAUAUGUUGAACAGGCAAAGAUGUCAGUGUACGGGCGGUUGGUUUACAUCACGAUCAUUGCGCGACGCUCUCGGUUCUUCGCAGGGGCCCGAUUCCUGAAGAGAGGCGCGAACGAUCUAGGCUAUGUAGCAAACGAUGUUGAAACGGAGCAGAUAGUGUCCGAGAUGACAGCCACGUCAUUUCAUUCUCCCGGUCCAAAUCUCUAUGCUAACCCGCUGUACACCUCUUACGUGCAACACCGUGGGAGUAUACCGCUCUACUGGACACAGGAAAACUCAGGGGUGUCUCCCAAACCUGAUAUUGAACUAAACUUGGUUGACCCCUUCUACUCCGCUGCUGCACUACACUUUGACAACCUUUUUGAGAGAUACGGCGCACCAGUUUAUGUGCUCAACCUGAUAAAAUCGCGAGAACGAACCCCACGGGAGUCCAAGUUACUCAAGGAGUACACGAACGCCAUCCAGUAUCUGAACCAGUUCCUGCCCGAGGAUAAGAAGAUUAUCUAUCAGCCCUGGGACAUGAGCCGUGCUGCAAAAAGCAGAGACCAAGACGUCAUUGGAACAUUAGAGCAUAUCGCGGGCGAGAUUGUUCCAAAGACCGGCUUCUUCAAGAACGGAUAUGAUGCAGAGUCUGGCUUGCGUCUGCAAAAUGGCAUCGCGAGGACGAACUGCAUCGAUUGUUUAGACCGUACAAAUGCUGCUCAAUUCGUUAUUGGAAAGCGCGCCUUGGGAUACCAACUUCACGCUUUGGGAAUUAUUGAUGGAACGACUGUGGAGUACGACACCGAUGCUGUCAACUUAUUUACUGAUAUGUGGCACGACCACGGUGAUACCAUUGCAAUCCAGUACGGAGGCUCGCAUCUGGUAAACACUAUGGCCACAUACCGCAAGAUCAACCAGUGGAGUAGUCAUUCUCGCGAUAUGGUGGAGAGUUUCAAACGGUACUACAACAAUUCAUUCCUCGAUGCCCAGCGCCAGGAAGCCUACAAUCUGUUCCUCGGGAACUACAUCUUUUCCCAAGGACAACCGAUGCUGUGGGAUCUGUCGACCGAUUAUUACCUGCACCACGCUGACCCGCGAUCCUGGUCCAACAAGAGGCGUCCCAACUACAUUUGCUGGUACACUCCGGAGAAUCUGAAGGAAAAAGAAGUGCCACCCCCUCCGCGACCUCCAAAGGAACCUCUCUCACACUACGACGAUUACUGGCUCGAGUACUAUAGGCCAUUAGCCGUCUCGUCAUUCUCGAAAAUAUUCUCUUACAAAAUGAACUCAACGCUCCGCUAUCUUCCAUUCCGGCCUGGUUCCGGCGCCCCCUACGACAUUAGUCCGUUUGUUCCCCGGAUCCCCCACGAUCAGAUCAACCGGGAACGACACCCACCACGUAGCGUCAAGAUCCAGGAACCGCUUAAGACCUCGAUCGAUCCAGCGGGCCGCCCACAACUCGGUAGCGCAACAUCCCAGUCCAGCUACAACUGGAUUCAUCAGCCGCCUUCCGCUGAUAAAUUACCACCGUCUGCAGGUAUUAUGAAAUCUACAUCAUUCGGACUGCCUCACUCCUUCAGUUCCAUGCACUCUUCUCAGGAGUCGACGGUCACGACCCCGAGCAAAACGCAAAUUGCGCAGUGGACUCUUGGCCAGCUGGUGACCGACUCGCUAAACCCGUCUGUGACCGCUGCAGAAGGAGAAGAAUACGAACGCUACAUUAACCAUCCUUUGAAGGUUCCACUUGUUGUGACCUCUGAAGACGAGUUGACUGCCACUUCUAUUCGUGAGCAUGAAUCCAGUCUGGAUUUACUGGAAUAUGCAAAUAAGUGCAACGUAGAGGAGGCCACUCUGGAAGCUAAUGCCGAAGAGAACCUUGCGGAUUAUGCUGAGUUUUUGAAUGUCUCGGAGGGAGGCCUGACUGUGGUGGCCGAGGAUUAUGAAAAGAAACGUUAUAAGCGCUAUCGACAAUGGCUGAGGGGCAAGAGUCUCUUCAAACAGCGGGUUGAUAUGUAACCUCCUGUCGUGCGUUGUUGUCGUUCAUGAUUAUAUAACGGAUACAAUUCAAAUCAAUUCUAUAGUCAAUCCAGAUCGUACUUUCUGUUUUUCGGCCAAUCGAGCCCGAUA